CACUUACAAACAAUGAAUUCCCAUCCUCGCGCAAUCCAGAUAUCGUAAUCCACCAGCUUCCUAAGCAGCCCAUUUCUUUCGCGCGAAAUGGCUGCACUUCCUCUCUAUCCCCCUCCUCCUUUUGACGGAUCAUGAGACUUACCCGUCGUUCCUACCUCUUCACGACCACUAUAUUAGCAUUAUCCAACCGCACUCGUCCCGCCCUCGCGAACAGCAAUACGUCCUUCAACCGCCUAAACACCUUCCAACAACUACUCUCCCCUUACUCAAUCCCCUCGAACAACAUGACGCGCCUCGCCCCCGUCAUCUCCAUCUCGCACGGCGGCGGCCCCAUGCCCGUCCUCGGCGACGCCGGACACUCCGCCCUCGUCCAGUCGCUCCGCACGCGCGUACCGCAAAUCCUCAAGAUCGGGACGCCGGACGAGCCGCGAGCGAUCGUGCUCGUGACGGCGCACUGGUCGACGAACGUGCCUACGGUGUCGAGCGGGGAGAAACACGAGCUGUUGUAUGAUUACUAUGGUUUUCCCAAGGAGGCAUAUCAGUUGAAGUACGAGGCGCCUGGGAGCCCGGAGGUAGCUGGGAUGGUGCAGGAGGCGAUUAAGGAAGAGGGAUUGGAGUGCUGGGACCACGGCGUCUUCAUCCCCAUGCUCCUCAUCCACCCCGCCGCCACCAUCCCCAUCAUCCAACUCUCCGUUCUCGCCUCCGAAUCACCGGACCACCACUUCCGCCUCGGCCGCGCCCUCUCGCGCCUCCGCGCCCAAAACAUCGCCAUCGUCGGCUCCGGCUUCGCCUCCCUGCACAACCUUCGCCUCAUGUUCUCCGGCGCCACGCGCACGCCCGAGUUCAAGGCCCUGAACGAAGCGUGGAGCGCGCAGGUGGCCGACGCGGCGCAGACGGAGGAUGUGCAGGAGAGGGCGACCAAGUUUGAGGGGUGGAGGGCGUGGAGGGGCGCGUACGAGAUGCAUCCGCGGGGCGGGGCGGAGCAUUUCUUGCCGCUCGUGGUGUGUGCGGGGGCCGGAGGGGAGGGGAGGGCGAAGAGUUGGGUGGAUGAGUUUAUGGGGGUGGGGAUGUGGAGUUUUUAUUGGGAAUAGGGUGGAUGGGAUGGGGUGGGAUGGGAUGGGAGGGAUAGGUGCGUGCAAGGGAGAUGGGUGUAUGAUUGAUUCUCCCCGAGGAAAGGAAACGGGAGAGUAGGGUGUGGCAUGGACGGCGGAUAUCACUAUAGUGCCUGGUUAUUACUUUUGCAUUACUCGGAACUCCGGCUCUUGUGAGGUUGUCUUCACUGGCUCUGGGGACUGGUUAGCAUGUACUUUCCUUCCAUGGUCCUUCCCGCCAGGAGAACGCGUAGUCAAGAGUUGUCCAUCAUCACCCAAGCAAGUACCUCACGAAUAAAGACACAAUAAG